GGAAGAGAAGUUCAUGUCCCUACUUCCGCAUCCGGGCAGAGGCAUGUUGACGGACGUCAGAAAACGAAGACGAAGUGAGACUACUAUCUGCAAACAAGUUGUCAGCGGUGGGUGUUUGAAGAAACCGAAAGGAAUGAAAGGUAUGCAUCCGGGCUGCCAAUAAUAGUGAUGGAUGGAGACAGCCAAAGGCAUUCCGUGCCAUGGGAAAACGGUACCCUGGCACCGGUGGACCGUCUUCGCUCCGAGAGGUCUGACAGUCCCACACCGGGUCUGGUGGAGGGAACAGAACCAGGUGCUGGUCAGAAGAGUGCCAUGUUUGUUCAUGCACGGUCUUUUGAGGAUCUGACUGCUGAGGCUGAAGAGCCUCACACGGAUGCCGAGGUGCUCGGAUCUCGGGACUGCGCAGAGGGCAUCAGAGCGCUGGUGGGAGAUGAACGAGUCGAGGAGCAACAGAACGUUCCAUCAGACUGCAGGACUAAAGAGGAGGAUGUGUCCAGCGAAGCAUGGAGAAGCCACAAAAAGCACAUGUUUGUGCUGAGCGAGGCCGGAAAGCCAAUUUAUACCCGCUAUGGCACAGAGGAGGCUCUGUCCAGCACCAUGGGUGUGAUGAUGGCCCUCGUGUCCUUUGUUGAGGCUGAGAAGAAUAUCAUUCGCUCUAUUCACGCAGAUGGAUGCAAAGUGGUUUUCCUCACCAAGAGUCCGCUGGUCCUGGUGGGCGUUUCCCGCACCUGUCAAUCAGACAAGGAGCUUCUGAGGGAGCUGCAGUAUGUGUACUACCAAAUCGUUAGCCUCCUCACCCUCACCCAGCUCAACCACAUCUUCCAGCACAAGCAGAACUACGACCUGCGGCGCUUACUGGCUGGUUCAGAGUAUCUCACCGACAACCUGCUGUAUCGGCUGGACCACGACCCGGGCCUGCUGCUAAGCGCCGUCACCUGCCUGCCGCUGCCCAGCUCUUCCAGGGACGUCAUCUCGUCCAGCCUGCAGGCUGCCAAAUCCAAAAACCUGGUCUUCUCCAUUCUGCUUGCAGGAGACCGCCUGGUCACUCUGGUUAGGAAAAAGGACCAGUUCCUGCACCAUAUAGAUUUGCACCUUGUCUUCAACCUCGUUGGCUCCUCCUCGUCGUUUCGAGAGGGUGAAGGUUGGACACCGAUCUGUCUGCCGAAGUUCAACACUGCAGGAUUCUUCCACGCUCAUAUUUCCUACCUGGAGCCCAAGUCCGAGCUGUGUCUUAUUCUAGUCUCAACGGAUCGAGAGGACUUUUUUAACAUGUCCGAGUGCAAGCAGAAGUUUCUAGACAGGGUCAGUAAACGCAGUGCCUAUCAAGCCCUGAAGGAGGGGCUGAAGUCCCCCAGCUAUUCUUUGGCACAGAUUGGCAUUCCAGAACUCAGACACUUCCUGUACAAAUCCAAGAGCUCUGGACUAUAUACCAGUCCAGAGUUCCCAAUGGUGUACCAGUCAGACGAAGAGCAGGAGAGGCUAAUGGGUUUGUACCAGGACCUUCACAGUUACUUGCACCAUCCCACCAGACCCUUACGCUACUUUUACCGCUGUGGUGAAACUGAAAACAUGAUGGCCUGGGUGACAAGCGGCUUCGAGCUUUACAUGUGUUUCAGUCCCCUGGGCACAAAGGCGUUGGCUAUUUCUGCUGUCAACAAACUGCUGAAAUGGAUCAGGAAGGAGGAGGAUCGCCUGUUCAUCUUGAGUCAUCUCACUUACUGAGGCUUCUUUGCACAAACCCUGCACAUAAUGACCUGCGAUGACGCACACAUUCGGUGUCUGUUUGGGUGUCAAGGCUAUGCACGUCUGGUUUCCGCUAAAUUCAUUCACAGUCAUGUGAUAAAAGCAGGUAUUGUAUGAUAGUAAAUUACAGCUCUUUUUAGCUGCUUGUUUUAAAAGUGUUUUUUAGUAUGAAUGAAAGCAUCAUGCUAUAUACAGUAUAGCAUCUCCCAUCACGAAUGAUGACAUUUAUAUACUGUUAGAACCAUUCCACAACAAACUGUUCUAGAAUCGAACAGGCUUCAGUGCUAAAACAUAACUGGAAUUCUUUUGCUCCGAGUUACGCGGUGGCACGAGUUACCGCAGUCCUGUUGUGUUGUCUGCACAGGAUGACCUUUAACUAUGACGAGCACGGAUGACAAUUUACCUCCGUGCAUAUCCUUGAAGAAGAAAAAAAAAAAAAAGCACUCCCUAAAGAAUUGUCCUGAAUUUACAGUGUUUAUUUUAUGAAACCAUCGUCUUAAUGGAAGGGUACUAAUCUGCUUUGUGUGUUUUUAAUUUUUUUUUUUUUUUUCCCAUGUAUGUUUAUUGGGGUUUUUUUUUUUAUAACACAAAUAUACAAGAUACAAACUCAGAACACAAAGCAUAAUAUACAAACAUAACAUCAUUACAACAAAGCAGGUUGCCAGCCCACCCCUCCCCCCCUCCCCGUUGAGGACCCAUUUAAAACCUCACUUGAAUCUUGUAGUACAUGUUACAUCCAUCAUUAAGCUUGAUUCGUAUGUACAAGAUAUUGAACAAAAGGUUGCCACGAUGUUUCAAAAUGUUGAAGUCUGUCUUUCAAGAUAUAUCUUAUUCUUUCCAGAUGGAGUGUGUUCGUCAACUCCUCUAGCCACAUCUUAGUUGAUGGUACACUUACACUUUUCCAUAGCAUUAGAAUCAGUUUUUUCGCUAUAAUGAGACCAUAUGAAAUGAAACAUUGUUGUGCCUUAUUUAACAUUUGAAAGGAUUCAGAAACCCCAAGGAUAAUGAGCAAAGGCUCUGGCUUUAGCACAAUCCCCAAAACCUUGGACAUUAUAUCAAAAACACCAGACCAAAAAGAGUAUAUUUUGGGGCAAAGUGCAUAACUAUGAAGAUGAGUUGCCUUCGAAGAUCUGCACCUGUCACAGAUAGGUGAGACAUCUGGGUAUAUAUUAUGUAGUUUUUCCUUUGAGAAAUGGAGCAUGUAUAUAAUUUUAAAUUGAAUAAGGCAAUGUCUGGCACUGUGCGAACAUGUAUUAAUCUUUUCAAGUGCACUAUCCCAGAGAUCCUCCGUAAUCGUUUCGCCAAGUUCUUUCUCCCAUUUAUGCUUAUGUAUAUGAGCUGGAGAGGGGGUCAUUGACAGGAGGGCUUUGUAGAUGCGUGUUAUCAGUUUUGGUUCGUCUAUUGUCAAUUUCAGGCACUCAUUUAUUAAUGUUUUUGACUCAUUUCGAAAGUCCUCCAUAUGUUUACGUAUAUAAUCUCUAAUUUGCAGAUAUUGAAAGAAAGAAUUAUUUUCCAAUCCAAAUUUAUGCUGUAGUUGAGAGAAUGAGGCAAAGAUACCCUGUAUAUAUAGAUGUCCAACACAUUUUAUACCCUUCUGACUCCAUUUGGCAAAGCUUCCCCCCAGACCAGACGGGGCAAAAGUAGGAUUUCUAUCUAUGGGUAGAGCAGGGGAUAUAGAAUUUAGGUUAUAACUGGCUUUAAUUUGUUUCCAAAUGCGAAUCAUGCUGUGGAUAAGAGGGUUAUUGUUGUAUAAUGAUCUACUGAUCGGAAUUGGUGCUAACAGAAUUGCGGCUAGUGAAUGUGGAUGGCAGUCUUCCUGUUCCAUUAUUAGCCAAUUGGGUGGGGACUCUGUGGUAUUUAGACAGACAAUAAAAUUCUUGAGUGCUGAGGCCCAGUAAUAAAACAGAAAAUUUGGGAGAGCUAAUCCUCCUUCAGACUUUAGUCUGUGGAGAUAUUUCCUACCGAUUCUAGGGGGUUUAUGUCCCCACAAAAAGGGUGUAAUUAUGGAGUCUAAUUGUUUAAAAAAGGAUUUUUUAAGGAAUAUUGGAAUAUUUUGGAACAGGUAUAGUAUUUGUGGGAGAAAGACCAUCUUGAUUGCGUUUAUUCUUCCGAUCAUUGAGAUUGGAAGUGCGUCCCAGAACAGCAAUCUAGAGCGCAGACUUUCAAUUAGGGGCGGAAAGUUCUCUUGGAAGAGAGAGGUGUAUUCUCUUGUCACUUCUAUCCCUAAGUAGGUGAAUUUAUCUAGGGAGAUUUUGAAUGGAAGAUUAGACAAGGAUGUCAGAACAUCUAUACGAGCCGGCAUUAGAACACUUUUUGUUCAGUUGAUCCGAUAUCCUGCAAAAGUACCAAACAGAUUAAUUUUAUCUAGGAGUAGUGGAAUAGAUUCUUGAGGAUGAGUUAAGUAAAGAAGGAUAUCAUCCGCAUAUAGUGAUAUUUUACUAGUUGUUUCUUUAACUGUGUAUCCAUGUAUCCGAGCAUCAAGCCUAAUGCUUAGCGCUAGUGGUUCAAUAGCAAGGGCAAAGAUUAGGGGGGAGAGGGGACAACCCUGUCUCGUCCCCCUAUGCAACUUAAAUGGGGAGGACAAUGUUUUAUUAGUUAGGAUUUGAGCUGUAGGACUUUUAUAAAUCAGAUUAAUCAAUGAUAAGAAUCUAUCUCCGAGGUUAAAUCUCUUGAGAACUUCAAAUAAAUAUUGCCAUUCAAUCUGGUCAAAAGCCUUUUCGGCAUCUAGCGAAAUGACGACUAGGUCAGCGUGUGAUAGUCUCUCUGUAUAGAGAAUAUUAAACAGGCGUCUCAAAUUGAAAGUGGAGUGUCUGUCUGGUAUGAAACCCGUCUGGUCUGGGUGGAUUAACCUCCCCAACAAGGGGCCCAGUCUGUUUGCUAGUAUUUUGGCAAAUAACUUCCCGUCCACAUUUAAGAGUGAAAUAGGGUGAUAAGCACCAACCUCAUGAGGGUCCUUUCCCUUUUUAUGAAUUACGGUGAUCACAGCUUCAGUUUGUGUUGGAGGCAAAUCUCCGCUUUCCUGAGCAUGUUGGAAUACUUUUAAUAAGUAGGGGGACAACUUUUCCCUAUAUGUUUUAUAUAAUUCUCCAGGGAGGCCAUCAGGACCUGGUGUUUUAUUACUUUUUAGUGAGGCAAUAGCAGUUUGGACCUCUUCGAUUGUGAGUUCUGCGUUCAAAGAUUCACAGUCUGCAGCUGUCAACCUCGGCAGCUCACAUUCGUCUAAAAAUUUAUUCAUAAUUUCAAAUUCUGACGUGGAUUUAGAAGUGUACAAAUCAGUAUAAAAUUCAAGAAACCUGUUAUUAAUAUCUUUGGGUUUUGUAAGGAUAGUGUUGUCAUGGGCCUUUACUUUAUGAAUUGUCCUAUCACUUUCCAUUUUCCGGAGUUGCCGAGCUAAUAAUUUAUGUGGUUUAUCACCAAAUUCAAAAAACUUUUGUCUAGUGUACAGGAAUGCUUUGCUUAUUUUCACAGACAUAAUUUGAUUAUAUUCAUACUUUAAUGUUGUUAUUUUUCUGUGUAGUGAUGCAGAUGGAGAACGCGCAUUUUCCUGGUCCAACGUUUUGAUCUGUUCUUCUAGAACUUUUAAUUUGGAUAUGUUUGCUUUUCUCCUUGAAGCUUCAAAUGAAAUUAUGCUACCUCUAAUAUAGGCUUUAAACGCCUCCCACAGAAUAGAGGGAGACGUCUCUGGGAGAUCAUUCAUCUCAAAGUACAAUGAAAUUUGGUCCUUUAAGUAAUCUCGGAAUUUUUUAUCUGUAAGCAAAUAAGGAUUCAGCCUCCAAGAAGUGUGUGGCUUAUCUAUAUGGUCUAAGCAGACUGAGAAGGAGAGUGGACUGUGAUCUGAGAUCACAAUGCUGUGAUACCGAGCAUCUACUGUAUAAGGUGCCAGUUUGGCAUCGACCAGAAAGUAGUCUAUCCUACUAUAAGAAUUAUGCACCGAUGAGUAGAAAGAAAAAUCCCGACCUGAGGGGUACAUCAUCCUCCAAAUGUCUAGAAUAUUUGUAUUGUUUAUGUAUGUGUUUAGGAAUUCGUGUGUUUUUAAUUUAAACGCUACUGAAUUUACGAGUUGAGCUUUAAUCAGUUUGUAAUUUCAGUAAAUUGAUCUUUUCAUGGAGCGUUACUCUCGGCUUCUCUCUGCCUGCGUUACGUACACUCUAAAAAGUAAUUCAGAGUAUCUGUUGACACCACUUGAUUUAAUACAUAAAUGCAAUGUAAAAAUUGUAAUUCAUUGAUCUAGAUCAGGGGUCGGCAACCUUUAUUAUGAAAAGAGCCAUUUCACCCCCUUGCUCACUAAAGAAAAAUAGCCUGGAGCCGCAAAACAUAGUAUGUUUAAAACAAAAUUGGAGGGAAUUUGGGGCUAUCAAAGUAGUUCAGAUAAGAAAAAAACAAGUUGGAGUACUCUUGCUAGUAUUAUAUUAAAUAUAAACUUACAUAAAUAUAUGUGUAAAUUACUGUAAACUUACCUGAUACCUGAAGUUCCAAUGUCGCUGUUUUAUAUGAUCUCUAAUUUAUUUUUUAGAAUUGUCAAAUAGCUUUGGGAAAGUAUGAAAAGUAUUUAUAAAGUAUUUUCCUUAAUGUUUACCUGUGAGAGAGAACUGAAUAGCAUCCUGUCUGCUCAUCCUUGUACUCAUCCAAUCACCAGUCAGAACUCAGUCAGGAUGCAUUCAUGGACUCACACAAAGUUGGAUUUUUUAAAACUCAUUACAAAGACAUGCUUUUUCCCCACUGUGGUGUUAAAAAAUAUUCAAGCAUUGCAAAGGGAGCCACAACAAAGAGGCUGAAGAGCCACAUGCGGCUCUGGAGCCGCGGGUUGCUGACCCCUGAUCUAGAUAAACUUUCCAAGUUGC